UCAAGGUAGCAAGCGCGCGCGGCUCCAUGUCUGCUCGCUGAGCCCUCCGAAGACAGGCGGGCUGGAGCUGCAGCCACAGCGAUGAGCAAAGAAGCGGAGUGGAAGGAGUCGCUGCUCUAUUACUACUGCAUCAAAUUCGCGCUCUCCGCAUAUUCCACCCUCUUCUCGAUUAUAGGCCUGGUGAUCCUCUGCGUCGGCAUUUAUGCAGAGGUGGAAAGACAGAAGCAUCGGACCUUGGAGGGCAUCUUCCUCGCUCCAGCUGUGAUCCUCAUUCUGUUGGGCAUAACAAUGUUUGCAGUUUCCUUUAUUGGAAUGGUGGGAUCCCUGAGAGACAACAGGACACUGCUGAAAACUUUCUUUUGGGUCCUCUUGGCAAUCUUCAUCACAGAGUUGCUGCUGUUGCUUGUUGAAAUAAUCUUCGAGAAACAGAUGAAUGCCGUUUUCCAUGCCAACGUUCAAGAUGGAAUAAGGCACUAUUAUGAUGACUUAGACUUCAAAAAUAUUUUGGACUUUGUCCAGCAGAAGUUUUCCUGCUGUGGAGGAGACGAAUUUACAGACUGGAAUGUUAAUCCGUACCAUGCUUGCAAUGGCAGUGGCCCUCUGGCUUGCGGGGUGCCCUACACUUGCUGCAUCAGGAAGGUUCCCGGAGAGGUCAUUAAUACACUAUGUGGAUACAGGACUCUGAAUAAAGAGCGGCUGGAACUGAUAGAUGUUAUCUAUGUGCGUGGCUGUAUCCAUGCAGUUGGCUUGUGGCUUAAAGACAAUUUUGAAGCUACUUUUGGAAUUGUUUGCUCUUUGCUUCUUCCUCAGGCCAUUGGCUUAGUGAUGGCCUGGCUCUACUGGCAGAAGCUCAAUGAGAUCCAUUCCGGGUUGGACACAGUCGAUUUCAAGCAACUGGACAUGAGGGACUUCAACUUUGCCUCCGUGGAUCUCUCUGGUGCUGGCUGGUGCUGGUGCCUGCCCCGAGAAGGUGGUUACAUUCCAGUCCAUGACAAAGAGGAGGAUGUGGCCAGUGAUGUCAUCUGCCAAAGCAAAGUAUGACAUUCUUAGGUUUUCAGAAUAAAUGGCGUCCAUGAGACAGGCUGGAGCAUUCCAAGAUGGCACCGUGUGAAGGACAAGACACAAGGGACUUCAGUUAAUAAUGUGCCACAUGAAUGACACAGCUGUGUGGUCUUUAUCACAAAGGGUGCUAUGAUCCUAUACAAUCUUUAAGUGUAUAUGUCUGUGUGUCAAUGUAAUUAAUUCAGGUCUGAUUUAGGUCCUGAGAGAGCAGUUCCCUGAUUUGGGGGGGGGGGGAAUUUUUGUAUGUCUUUUCCCCUGAAAAAUAAAUUUGAAUUUGUUAAACAAA